AUGAGUACCAGUGAGCAAUCGAGACAGCAACCAAAGAGGGCAUUAUCGCUGGAUGACUUAGUAAAUCAUGAUGAGAACCCGAAAGUUAAAUCGCCUAAUUAUGGCCAAAAUAAUGAAAGCGUAUCGUCAUUGAAUAGCAGUGAGAUCCGCAGAGAAACAUCUGUGAAUUCUAUCAAUCCUAAUGAUUUCAUGGGUGAUGAGACCGACACAGAUGAUGAUGUGGGCAUGGGCGGCGGCGGUGUAAACUUUGAUAAAGAUAUGACAUUCGACUAUGACAAGCAAGAGGGUAAGUCGCCACAGAAAGAUGAAUCAAAGCGAGCUACGGAGCAAAAGAAUACUCUUCUUGCGGCUCCCCAGGAGCCUAAAAGUAGCUUGAUUGAGAAAAAGAACCCAUCAACAAGUCGAAAGACUUCUGACGCUGGUACUGCAGCAAGCACGAAUACUUUUGAACCUCAGGGAAGCGAGAACUCGGUAACGACAAUUUUUGAUGAAAGGGCCUCUUUAAAGUCGAGGAAAAACAAUCUUAAAAAGGAUUUACAGAUUUUGAAUGAAAUUGCAGCCACUUCUAAACCUAAUAAAUACAAAAAUGUUCCAAUAUGGGCUCAAAAAUGGAGGCCGACAAUUAAAGCCUUACAGAAUAUUGACAAGAAGGAUUUCAAGAUAGACAAUUCCUUUUUGAAUAUAAUACCUGAUGAUGAUCUAACAAAAUCUGUCCAAGAUUGGGUAUAUGCCACUAUUUUUUCGAUACCGCCCGAUAUGAGGCAACUUAUAGAAAUGGAAAUGAAGUUCGGUGUGAUAAUGGAUGCCAAAUCUCCAGAUCGUAUUAAUCCUCCUGUUUCUUCACAAGCUGUGUUUACAGAAUUAGAUACUACCAUGGUUCCAACCAUUGAUCCAUCAGUUUUCGAAGAAUUGAAAAAGUAUAUACGUGGAUUGAGUGAGGUUAGCGAAAACAGAGGCAAAUUUAGUACCAUAGAAUCACACACGAAGGAUUCAACAUACAGAGUCGGCGUGGCUACUCAGAGACCUCGAUUUCUGAGAAUGAGUACAGAUAUCAAGACUGGACGAGUUGGUCAAUUUAUAGAGAAGAGAAAAAUUGCACAUUUAUUAAUAUAUUCACCAAAGGACAGUUAUGAUGUCAAAAUAUCAAUAAAUUUAGAAAUUCCAGUUCCUGAAAAUGAGCCUCCUGAAAAAUACAAGAGUCAAACACCCUUGAGUGAAAGAUCCAAAGAGCGUGUAAGCUAUAUUCAUAACGACUCCUGCACGAGAAUAGAUAUUACAAAAGUCGAAAAGAGUGAGCACGGGCGAAAAGGCAGCAGUCCUGAAAUAACUCACGAAAUCGAAUUGGAAAUAAAUACACCUGCUUUGUUGAAAGCGUUUGACUCCAUCGCGACUGAUAGUCAAGUGUAUGCGUCGGUCAUCAGAACCUUUUUAAAUAAUGGAACAAUCAUCAGAAGAAAGCUCACAUCUUUGUCUUACGCUAUUUUCGAAGGUCAAAAAAAGGGAAUGUAA